GCGGGAGUCGAUGUUUGUCGCUGGAAAUAUGGCUUCUAAUUAGCUUGUGAAAUCUUGCCUUCAACGAACUCAGGUUAACGAUGGGGUUGAAGUCCUCGACUCUUUUACAAGAAGAAGAUAUAGAAGAACUGCAAAACGAGACUGGUUUUUCGCCAGAUCAAAUCAAAAGGCUUUAUAGCAGAUUUACAAGUCUUGAUAAAUCAACCAAAGGAACACUGAGCCGUGACGAUUUUAUCCGUAUACCAGAAUUGGCUAUCAAUCCAAUUGGUGAAAGAAUCAUAGAUGCCUUCUUCAUGAAUGAAGACAGUCAGUGUNCAGAUAGAGAUGGUGUUAUCUCAUUUGAUGAACUUAAGAGGGUGGAUUGCAGGUUGUUGACAAUCACCUUUAAAAUCUAUGAUCUGGACAAUGAUGGGAAAAUAUCCAAAGAUGACCUCAUGCAGGUCCUUCACAUGAUGGUUGGUCGGAAUAUCAGUGAUGAACAACUUGGAGGGAUUGCUGACCGUGCAAUAAAUGACGCGGAUACAGAUAGAGAUGGUGUUAUCUCAUUUGAUGAACUUAAGAGGCCAUUUUGUUUGACAUUCUUUUUCACUCUUUACUCAGUCACCUUUAAAAUCUAUGAUCUGGACAAUGAUGGGAAAAUAUCCAAAGAUGACCUCAUGCAGGUCCUUCACAUGAUGGUUGGUCGGAAUAUCAGUGAUGAACAGCUUGGCGGGAUUGCUGACCGUGCAAUAAAUGAUGCUGAUACAGAUAGAGAUGGUGUCAUCUCAUUUGAUGAACUUAAGAGGGUCCUGGAAAAUGUGGACAUGAAUGCAAAAAUGAGCAUCCGAUUUCUGGCUUGACUUCUUGAGACAAAGCAGGUUUUAGAGGCAGAAUAUUGAAGAAAUUUAUGUGAUAUUUCUCUGUACUUAUUUAUCUUUUCAGUUCAUUCAGAUCAUGAACUCACAAGAAAACCCUGCAUUCAUUUGGACAUGAAAAUCAAAGUAGUUGGCUCUACGUAUUUAAAAUCUCCAGGAAGUACUUAAUGGUAUUUUAAAUUAAACUGUCUGGCUCUGACUCAUAUUUAAGCUGUCGCAUGAUUAGUAUCAAAUUAUUGGUUGAUGGUUAAUCAGUGAAGUGAAAUCAACACCCAUUGUACAGAGUUAACGAUUCUUUUCAUUGAAAUCUGAUUUUGUGCAAUGUCAGAUAUUCUUUGUCAGAAAGUAAUUUUGUUAGUUGUUAAUAUUGUGAUUGUUGUAAUAGUAGCCAAAUGAAUAUGAUAAAACAAUAAAAUUAGAUUUGUAAUUUG